GUGGACCUGUGUACAUGCUUCAGUUGUUUUCAAAUAUCUCGGUCGCUACGGGUGUGGUGGGGUGUUUACAUCUGAGUCAUCAAGGCGUUUAUACGAACAUUGUGGCAGUUGUGAGCUCGGAAAUUUAACGGCAGGUACCUGAAACCAGAUUAAACAUGUCUUCACGCAAGACUGCAGGACGUCGUGCCACGACCAAGAAACGUGCGCAGAGGGCGACUUCUAAUGUAUUUGCAAUGUUUGAUCAAGCACAAAUACAAGAAUUCAAGGAAGCAUUCAACAUGAUUGAUCAGAAUCGUGAUGGCUUUGUUGAUAAAGAUGAUCUUCAUGAGAUGCUGGCAUCUUUAGGGAAAGAUGUAUCUGAUGAGUAUCUUGAGGCAAUGAUGAAUGAAGCUCCGGGCCCAAUAAAUUUCACAAUGUUUCUGACACUGUUUGGGGAACGUCUACAGGGCACUGAUCCAGAAGAAGUAAUUAAAAAUGCAUUUGGGUGUUUUGAUGAAGAGAACAAAGGAGUCAUUAAUGAGGAACGACUUAGAGAACUCCUGACAUCAAUGGGUGACAGAUUCACUGAUGAAGAGGUUGAUGAAAUGUAUCGUGAAGCUCCAAUAAAAAAUGGGAUGUUUGAUUAUAUUGAGUUCACUAGAAUCUUGAAACAUGGUGCCAAGGAUAAAGAUGAGAAGUAGAAUCACAUCUUAGCUGUCAAAUACUGAUGUGCCUUACUUCUUGACAGUGUUGAAGAACAAUCAUGUCUUACAAAAUGUGUAAAAAUAAACCCUAACUUAUUUGGAUUUAAAUUUUUUAGCUUUUUAUUAGUAGGUUUCAAAAAAUCUGAUGCAAAUGUGUUGUAAAGAUCCUUGCAUAUGGGACCACAGGUGACUGGCAUUUUCUUCUUACUUGCAUUUUGGCUUUUGUUAUGAAGUGAUAAAGGCAUUACAACAUAAUUGUAAACUGUUUGUGUUUUACAAUGUGUAAUUCAUUCCAACAUAUACUUAUAUUAAUAAGUUACUUGUACAGAAAAUAUUUUAUUAAUUUUUGGCUCUUUCACCCUAUUAAAGUCUGUAAGAAACUUUAAUUCUGUACUUUGAUAAUACAGAAAUAUGAUUGUACCCUGGUAGUCUCACAUUCAGUAUUUCUGAUAAAUGUGAUAAUUUUUAAUACGUUUGUUAUAUAAAAUUGUGACAUCAUCUACAUUUUGUUUGUUUCCAUAUUUUAAUCAGAGCUGAAUUCAGUGACAGUUCCUUAAUAAAAUAUACAAAAUCA